UAACUGGAUAUGGUUAAAGCCCAGAAAACCACAUGAAAUUGAAUUAGAACUAGCGACAAUGAGGGAAAAAAUUAACAAAAAAGGAAAUCUUCCAGUGCUACCAACACAACCCGAGAGCACGUCUGCAAAGGGAAGUGGGCACACAGCGUGCUGCAGUGCCAAGCUGUGUGGCACUGUCUCGUUCCUCAUGGGAACACCAGGGAUGCUUUUGUGCCACCUCGGUCCAGUGGGGAGCUGCUGCUGUAUUCAGACUGCACGCCCUGCACUGGCUGUCUCCAGUGGAGCUCUCCCCUUUGUGCUCCUGGCAGCAGUGUUAGCUUACAGCCCUGCUCUGCUGCUGUUGCUGCAGGUACGCAUUGCAUUAAGUCGGGAAAUGCUUGGUCUUCUUUCAAAAGAAGUUGGGUUUGCUUGGGGCACACUAAUGGGGCUCUCAGAGGAAAUGGAUGCUGAGUAGCCAGAAUGCCCUUACUUUGCUUUAAUACUCCUGUGUGGAGAUCUCUCCUUUCUCUACGGAGAUGGGCUUUAGGCCAAAAGAAGCAGGAGGUUUUGUAGAUCGAAACCAGCACUAUGACUUGCAUCCUGAAACCACUGAUGUUUAAAUGUUUCAGGAGCAAAUCCCCAAAAUUGCUGAGCACCGUGCUGAUGCAGCACAGCGGUAAGCACAUGCUUAGCCUACAGAAAUAAUCUCAUUUGCCUCAAGUGAGAAAGAACUGGCACAACCAUACCCACAACUCUCUGUAAAUGCACAGCAAGAUUUAGUGACCUGCAAGUCACUGGCUACUGAAUAAGAAGCAGUAUCUUCUCUUAAUAAAGGGCACUGAAUCAGCUGUGGUCAGUUCAAUCAUAAAAGGUGCAGGAGGAACGAACAUGUUUCAUACAGAAAAGUGUUUUUUUUUUUUACUUUAUUGCUUUUAAGUCACUUGAUGGCAGGUGCUGUGAUAAGCACCAGGUGAAUUGCCUACUGGCAAUGAUGCAGCCACUUUUAUCAGUUGAUCAUUUUUCCUUUAGAGGAAGAUUGAGUCGGGGAGAGCUGAUGAGCCACACAAAGGAGGAUAGCAACAGGAAAAAGUGCAGCAAAGCGUGUGCCACUGCUUGUGAACUGUGAGUCAGGAGGUGGCCAAGGGCACAAAGAUCACUCACUUGCAAAGCAAACCGGAAAGAUUUUUAUUCUGUAACACACGAGUGGUAUCCCUGAGGUCGUUGUCCGACUGUGCUGUGCUUUGCUUACCUUCUUAUCUUUCUGUUUGUCAGUGAGUCUGCAGGAUGAAAAUGUACAGUAAAAGAACAUAGAUGUGAUUGCUUAACGUAUUUUAGAGGAAAUGUUCCUGUCUUUCCAUACAGAUCUUUAACUUUCUGUAGAAAAUGAAGACGUUUCCACUACAGAAUGUUUUGAGUGCUGAAGAUUGUCAACCCACGUUGAGGUGUGUUCCAUUUUCAGUAUGAACUUUCUUGAACAAAAAGGUCAAAUAAGUAAAAACAAUGCUUUUGCUGCACCUUUCUUCACAUUUCACAUGCUGUCCAGCACACUGUUUUCCAUGGAUGGUUUCUUUUGGCUGCUCCCCCCAGAACCACAAGCUCAGGGCACCUCUGCCCCUGUGUUUUUGCUGAGCUCUCACCCUCUCUGCUGCCUUGAAUUAAUUGCAGUGAAAUACAACACUUGCACCAUAGUUUCUCCUUGUUAACUCUUCCACAUGUUUUUCCACUUCCUCUUUAAUUACCUCAUUGCCAGCCUGCUUUCUAUCCUCUGUGACUGGCCUCAAAAUGAGUGGAACCAUUUUGAUCGCUGCUGUUGUCGGCUUCUGAGCAUCACACUCUGCUUCUCUGUUCCUUUUUCAGGACAAAAGCUAUUUCCUAUUUUCAGGACAAAGGCUGUUUCCCACAAUAAUACACAUUAAUAACCUGCAGAGAACAUUUCCAGGCUCCAUACCCAGAGUUUAAUGCUGUGGGCAUGGCAGAAGUCCCCCAGGAGCAGUCCUUGAUGGUGGCACAGAGCUCACCUGCAGCAUCCCAUUGCCAUCACCAAGUUAAACCAGGACAGCAGAGCCUGGAGACAUUCAUGUGGGCUGUGCUUUCUGCUUAAAGGCGCUCGGUGGCAUCCCUGAUCCCCUGUGAAUUCACAGUGGCAUUUGAAUGGGGGUGGAAGACCGAGCUGAGGUGCUGCCCUGGGUUCAUAUUGCUGUGUUCUGGUGCUGAGUUUGGGCCCACAGAAAGCAGAACUCCUCCUGGCUCUGCUCACAACUGCUGCUGGCACGUGGGGGGGGCUUCGAAGCUGGGAGAAGCGGAUCGCUGGGGUUAAUUUAGUCUGUCAUUAAGUGACUUACAACCCACGUGUGCGCGGAAACUCCAGCUGCAUCGAGCUCGGCCGCCUGAUUUCUGGAAGCAUUACAAGCCCUCCAGGGAAUCACUUUGCUAUUGUGCCCUCCUCUUGAAUUAUUACUGAAGAAAACAAAGCUACCGUUCAGCUCACCGCGGGGGUGGGCGUGCUGCUGCCAGCGAAGGCCGAUAGGAGCGGGCAGCGACGGAGCUGCGGGUCCCUCCGCUGCCGCGGGCGGAUGGAGCCGUCCCGAACCUGCAGGGGCGGGCGCUGCCACCAGGGGGCGCUGCAGUGCGCGGCCGGGAGGAGCUGCGGGCGGCGCCGGAGCGCUCGGUGCCCGGUGUGCGCGGUGCGUGCUGCGCGGUGUGCGCUGCGCAGCCAUGAACAGCAUCAAGAGCGUUCCCGCACGGGUGCUGAGCCGGCGGGCCGGACACAGCUUGGAGGCGGAGAGGGAGCAGUUCGAUAAGAACCAGGCCAUCAGCAUCAGCAAAGCCAUCAACACACAGGAGGCGCCGGUGAAGGAGAAGCAUGCACGCCGGAUCAUUCUGGGAACGCACCACGAGAAGGGCGCCUUCACCUUCUGGUCUUACGCCAUCGGGCUGCCCCUGCCCAGCAGCUCCAUCCUCAGCUGGAAGUUCUGCCAUGUCCUGCACAAAGUCCUGCGUGACGGCCACCCCAAUGUCCUGCAGGACUGCCAACGGUACCGCAGCAACAUCCGUGAGGUGGGAGACCUGUGGGGCCACUUGCACGACCGCUACGGGCAGCUGGUGAGCAUCUACACAAGGCUGCUUCUCACCAAGAUCUCCUUCCAUGCCAAGCACCCCGAGUUCCCCGCAGGCCUUGAGGUCUCAGAUGAGGUCCUAGAAAAGACAGCAGGCACAGAUGUGAAUAACAUCUUCCAGCUGACAGUGGAGCUCUUCGACUACCUGGACUGCGAGCUGAAGCUGUCAGAAUCAGUUUUCCGGCAGCUCAACACCUCCAUGGCAGUGUCACAAAUGUCAGCAGUGCAGUGCCGCCUGGCACCCCUCAUCCAGGUCAUCCAGGACUGCAGCCACCUCUACCACUACGCCGUCAAGCUCAUGUUCAAGCUGCACUCCUGUCUACCGGCUGACACACUGCAGGGCCACCGGGACCGCUUCCACGAGCAGUUCCGCAGCCUCAAAAACUUCUUUAAGAAGGCCUCUGACAUGCUGUAUUUCAAGCGGCUCAUCCAGAUCCCCCGGCUGCCCGAGAGCCCCCCAAACUUCUUGCGGGCUUCGGCGCUGGCGGAGCACGUGAAGCCGGUGGUUGUCAUCCCUGAGGAGGCUCCUGAAGACGAGGAACCAGAAAACCUCAUUGAGAUCAGCACAGCCUCCACCACAGAGCCACAGGUCACCUCAGAUAUCUUUGAGCAAACCUUCGGGCCGCCCAACGGCAUUCGGGAUGACAGGGAUGCACAGAUUGAGAGCCUGAAGAGGGAGGUGGACACACUCCGUGCUGAGAUGGAGAAGAUCAAGCUGGAGGCACAGCGCUACGUCACACAGCUCAAGGCACAGGUGAACAGCCUGGAGGGAGAAGUGGAGGAGCAGCGCAAGCAGAAGCAGAAGGCACUGGUGGACAACGAGCAGCUCCGGGAUGAGCUGGAAAGGCUGCAGCAGGCAAAGCAUGACAGCGAGCGGUCCCUGCGGCUCUGCGCUGAGGCGGAAAAGAAAGCCAGUGCCACCGAGAUCCGCUACACGAAGCUGAAGGAGAAGCACAGUGAACUCAUCAACACUCACGCUGAGCUCCUGAGGAAGAACGCUGACACAGCCAAGCAGCUGACAGUGACACAGCAGAGCCAGGAGGAGGUGGCACGUGUCAAGGAGCAGCUGGCGUUUCAGGUUGAGCAGGUCAAGCGGGAAGCGGAGCUGAAGCUGGAGGACCAGAGUGUGCAGAUGGAGCAGCUGCGGCAGGAGCUGGAGGCACGGCGGGAUGAGUUGGACCAGGCCCAGCGCUCGCUUGGUCACGCCAAGCAGGCAGGCACGGAGCUCAGCGCCCAGCUGGAGACCCUGCAGGCUGAGAAGGAGCAGCUGAGGCGGUCGGUGUGUGAGAAGGAGCGCGAGCUGCUCUCAGUGCACAGCCUCGUCCAGGAGAAGGAGCUGCAGCUGAGCCAGGAGGCUGACAAGGCCUCCAAGGAGAUCUGCGAGCUGCAGGGCAGGCUGCUGGAGAAGUGCAAUCAGGAGCAGAGCUUGCAGCAGAAGCUGCUGGAUGAGCAGUUCAGUAUCCUGCAGGAGACAGUACAGGAGGCUGAGGGCAUCCUCCGUGAUGCAGUGGCCAAGCUGGAUGACCCACUGCACGUUCGAUGUACCAGCUCCCCGGAUUACUUGCUCAGCCGGGCAGAGGCAGCACUGGAGUCCACAGACGCCCUGGAGAGCGGGCACGCGCAGUACGUGGCCUCCAUGGCAGAUGCUGCAGCACUGGUGGGUGCCCUGGCCCUCUUUGCUCACCUGACAGCCGACACCAUUGUGAACGGUAGCGCCACAUCCCACCUGGCUCCCACCGACCACGCUGACCGGCUGUCAGAGACGUGCCGGGACUGCGGGCAGCGCAGCCUGGACUACCUGGGCAAGCUGAAGGACAAGCAGACGUUGGGAUGUGCUGAGCUGGGGGAUGUGCGACAGGCAUUGCGGGGCGUCCUGGGGCUGGCCCAGGAGCUGAGGCCGAAAAGCUUGGACAUCAAGCAGGAGGAGCUGGGGGACAUGGUUGAGAAGGAGAUGGCUUCCACCUCUGCAGCAAUUGAAGACGCUGUCAGACGAAUAGAGGACAUGAUGAGCCGGGCCAGGAAUGAAAGCUCUGGCAUCAAACUUGAAGUGAAUGAGCGGAUUUUGAACUCCUGCACAGACUUAAUGAAGGCUAUUAGGCUUCUUGUAAUGACGUCAACGAACUUACAGAAGGAGAUUGUGGAGAGUGGUCGGGGGGCAGCAACAACUCAGGAGUUUUAUGCCAAGAACUCCCGCUGGACCGAAGGGCUGAUCUCUGCCUCCAAGGCCGUGGGCUGGGGAGCCACACAGCUCGUGGAGUCUGCAGACAGAGUUGUCUUGCAGACAGGCAAAUAUGAAGAGCUGAUUGUCUGCUCCCAUGAAAUCGCUGCCAGCACGGCCCAGCUGGUGGCUGCCUCCAAGGUGAAAGCAGAGAAGAGCAGCAGGAACCUGGGCAAGCUGCAGGAGUGCUCCCGCAACGUCAAUGAGAUGGCAGCCAACGUGGUGGCUUCGACCAGGUCGGGGCAGGAGCAGAUUGAGGAUAAAGACACCAUGGACUUCUCGGGCAUGUCCCUCAUCAAGCUGAAGAAGGAAGAAAUGGAGACACAGGUGAAGGUGCUGGAGCUGGAGAAGUGCCUGGAAGGCGAGCGGGUGCGCCUGGGUGAGCUGAGGAAGCAGCACUACGCCUUGGCCGGGCCCUACGAUGUGGCGGAGGACGGGGAGGCUCGGCCAGCACCAGCCCCCAGAAGAGGCAUCCUCAAAAAGCCAGCCCUCGCCCAGAAACCUGGCCACAUCCCAGGGCCAGGGGGGGAGGUAGGAGCUGCAGGGUGUGAGCACAGAGCUGGGGACACGGCUGUGCUACAGGAGCCAUGAGCUGUGUCCCCUCUCAUUGCAGCCCGAGCGAGAUGCCAGCCUGCACCGGGCACACGCCGUCAACUUCUAGUAGGAUGGAGGGGGCCAGGCCUGCGCCAUCAGAGCUCUUACGUCUGUGUUUUAAACAGAUCGCCUUGCCUCUGGCGUGCCUUCGUGCGUGGGGGUCUCCUCCUCACCCGGCCUGAGAAACUGGAAUUAUUAUUUUUCUUAUUUUUUUCCAACCAAAAACUUGAUUUUUAUUUUAUUUUUUUUCCUCUCAGUUCCUCUCCAUAGAGCAGCCGGGCUCCCAGGCCUCACGGGAUGCCAGCCCUGCAGCUCGUUUGGUUUAAUUUAAUUUAGGACUUAUUUGGGUUGAUUUAUUUUUAUUUUUUUUAACUUUAUCAGCACUAGCCGCCUUCAGUAAAUGUAGCUCUACUGUACUGCUCGGACCCUUUUGAAGAAUGUGAGGUGUUUUUGAAGUAGGAAACUGUUGGGCUUUUCUUGCAGCUGUAUUUUUUUUAACUUCCCCUUCAGGAAUAUUUUGACCUCAUUUUGGUGUGGGAUCAGCAGAGGGGAAUGUCUCUUUUUACUGGGCUUUCAGAAGGGCGAAAGCAGUUCCUGGCACACACUGGCAAUAAGGAUACAAGCAUCUUUUUAUUUCCUUUUCUAUUUUCUAUUACUACAGCAACACCAGAGGAGCAGUUGCAUCAUGUUUUAUAUUUAAGAUAAUUAGCAGAAUUAAAUCUAAAUGUGGCCUGCAGGAACACAGGUCCAUUAUAUGUGGUGAAUUCUGCAGCAGUAAGGAAACCGAUGUGAGGAGACGUGGGGGCACAGGAAACACAGCUGGCUUAUCUUCUCUUUGAACUGCUACUGGAUGUAGGUUAUUAAAGCAGCAAUAUUUAAA